AUGGACACGAAAACUAAAGUACUGCUCGGUAUCGUGGGUGCCGCAGCGGCAGGAGUGGUGAUAGGAUUAUUGAUUGCUCCGGAAAAAGGUACUGAAACCCGUAAGAAAAUUGUAAAGACAGCCGGCGGAUGGGUAGAUUCACUCGGACAAUUAUGGACUAAAGGAAAAGAUAUGGCCGGGGACGUAGCACAACAAGCAAAAGACAAAGAUACUGGAAAAACGAUCAUGCAGAAGAAAAACGCUAAGAAAUCAAUUCGACCACCACAGCACCAAUCAAGACCAGGCUCUGAACGAAGUAUGAAGCCUCAGCCCAUAUUCGACUAUCCCAAUGUUCCCGGGCGGGGAAGACUAAAGAACCGGGUGGCAUUAAUAACCGGUGGUGAUAGUGGAAUUGGAAAAGCAGUUGCCAUCCUUUUUGCAAAAGAAGGUGCCGAUAUUGCUAUUUCCUACCUGAAUGAGCAUCGCGAUGCAAAAGAUACCAAACGGAUUAUUGAAGAGCAGUAUGGAAGAAAAUGCGUGCUAUUACCGGGCGAUAUUGGAAAGGAAAAACAUUGCAAACUC